AUGGCACGAGGGCCCGGAAAGGCCCGCGACUUCGACUACUCCAAUGUGGGAACCAAGGGAAGGCGCACUGGAAUAUCUCUAAAAGAGGGUCGACGCGACGAACAUGGAAUGGAAGAAGUAGACGGUCUCUUCUCAUCUCCUGAAAAGUCGUCUGUCGAGUUGAAUGGGUUUGAAGACGUGGAAAAUGACUCCUCAGUUGGGUCCGAGGGCAUGUCGAUGGAUGAAGGCAAUGCGCCAGAUCCCAUGGACUUCCUCAAGGGCACAAAUGGCCCACGUACCUCUUUUCUCCCCCCGCCUGCUGCGCGGUCGCCGAUGAAGAAUGGCCUCACUGGGUCCCCACGGAGGACUCCGGCGUUGCAAUCAACUCCAGACCCGCAAGAUAUUCUGGAGUCGUCUAGUCCAUCCGACGGCAAAGGUUUCGCGGGCGCACAGGGAGAAUCGCGUCAAGAUCCAUCUCCACUUUCCACUCGAUCAGUAAACGUUGGUCGCUCAAACCAAAGGAACGGCACACGGCAAAAACCCACGACAAAAGCACAGCUAGCAGCAGAAUUUGAGCCCGCAGUCAUACAUGACUUUUCCGACUAUUCCGACGGCGACGAGAACGCGAAUGCAUUCGCCGCAGUACAACAAGAUAUCGAUGACAGUCUGAAUGUCGAUUCUGAUUCAGUUUCUGCAGAGGAAGCACCCGAUUCUCCCGGGCAAACCCAACACGAUCAUGACGACAAUUCAUCUACGGCUGAUACAACUCCGCCUCGCGAAGAACCCGCUGUGACCUCCAAGCCAACAAAGAAGGCCGCGCCAAAGAUUGCCAAGGCAGAUAAGGGUCAGGCGAAACCCCCGUGCCGCGCGGACGUCCAAAGUCUCAGCGCCGUAACGUUGAAGAAGAUGCCGACCCCAGGCCAACCAAAAAGCGGAACACCACCAAAGCAUCUCCACCGUGCGACUCACACUCGAUCUGGGCGAGUUUCCGUCCGACCACUAGCAUACUGGCGCAAUGAACGAUGUGUCUUCGGUGAUGGGGAGGCAGCCGAGGGACAUCGAUACCCUCUUUCAACCAUCAAAGAGGUCAUUCGCACCGAGGAGCAAGAGCCUGAAAAGAAGAAGAAGGGGAAACGUUCAACGUCCCACAAAUCUAAGUCUAAGAAACAAAGGGAUGACUGUUCAGACGAGGAUGAGGAUGUUGAUCUCUGGGAGAAGGAAGGCGGUGUUCUUCAUGGCUACACCCUCAAAUGGGACGGGAAAACACAGACCAGUUCGAAGGAGGAGGAAGUUCUAGACAUUGCAUAUGCUCCCUCUGGAAUCGAAACCAGAGAAGUUAAAGACUCAACAUUCCGAUUUGCAAAGCUGCUUAGCUCGUCAUUCAUCGGGUCUGGAGUUGUGGAGCUCCCACCCGACGGAGUCAAGAAACCCAAGAACUCGAAGAAAAUGCACAUGGUCUUUUAUGUCUGUCACGGGCGUGUCCAAGUGGAUAUCUCGGGUGUCCAGUUUAGUGCCGGAAAGGGUUGUGUUUUCCAAGUUCCUCGGGGUAACUAUUACAGCUUUGCAAACACCCAUCAAAAAGAGGCUCGUCUUUUCUUCACACAAGGCUGUGUCCCCGAUGAGAACGAGAAUGAAGACGACACACCGCAGAUGUCUCAGGAUGCCGGCCCUGAGAGCGAAUUUGAAGCCGACACUCCCACCGCUCCUGUUCAUGUCCCUGCUAAGAAAGCCAAGGGUCGCCCCAAGGGCAAACAGAAGAAGGCUGGCAAAUGA